ACUAUAUAAACACAAGCUAUCUGUGGUGCACCAGUGUGCUAUCUUAUUCUUGUGCCUCAAGAAAUAGGCUAGUCCCAAGCAGAAACAAGAUGGCUUGUUAUCAACAAAAACUGUUUGAAAGACUGAAGCCAUUCAUAGGUGUAGUUUUCUUGCAGUUUGGAUAUUCUGGUAUGGAUGUUCUAUCCAAGGCUGCACUCAACAGGGGAAUGAGUAACUAUGUAUUUGUUGUGUACCGUCAUGUUUUUGCCUUUGUUGUCAUGGCCCCUUUUGCAGUGUUCUUGGAGAAGAAAGUGAGGCCGAAGAUGACGUUUUCGAUCUUCAUGAAGAUAGUGAUUCUCAGCCUGCUAGAGCCAGUUAUUGAUCAAAAUUUAUACUUUUUGGGAAUGAAGUACACCACAGCAACCUUUGCUGUUUCCAUGUACAAUGUUCUCCCUGCCAUUACCUUUGUCAUGGCUUGGAUUCUUAGGCUUGAGAAGAUAAAAUUAAAAAGCACACGCAGUCAAGCAAAGGUGGUGGGAACUUUAGCAACUGUUGCAGGUGCCAUGAUCAUGACACUGAUAAAGGGUCCAAUACUCGAUCUAUUUGGAACACACGCCAGCAAUACAAACAACGUGCAAAAUGGUGGGGUAAAUCUUGAACAUGCAAUAAAGGGAUCAGUGAUGAUCACAAUUGGCUGCUUUAGUUGCGCUUGUUUCAUGAUUCUCCAAGCUAUUACCAUUGAAGCCUACCCUGCUGAACUCUCUCUUACAGCAUGGAUAUGCUUAUUGGGAACGGUUGAAGGUGGCAUAGUGGCACUGGUUAUGGAAAGGAAUAAUUUUUCAGCUUGGUCUCUGAAAUGGGAUACAAAAUUGCUUGCUGCUGUCUACAGUGGCAUAGUUUGCUCAGGAAUGGCUUAUUACAUCCAAGGAGCUGUGAUGAAAGAUAGAGGUCCGGUCUUUGUGACAACUUUUAACCCUCUCUGCAUGGUCAUUGUGGCUAUCAUGGGCUCCUUCUUUCUGGCAGAACAAAUGUACCUUGGAAGGGCAAUUGGUGCUAUCGUGAUUAUUGUAGGACUGUAUCUGGUGGUGUGGGGUAAAAGCAAAGACUACGAGUCAUCAAGUACGAUUACUGAAGAGAAUAUGUUGUCAGCCAAGCAAACAGUAGAAAAGAGCAAUAGCAAAGAAGAACAUUUCAGUAACUUAGGCACCAUAGCACGAGAUGAACAAGUAUGAGGAAACAUAACAAAUUCAAUCUAAAUUUCGGCAAUCAGGGAUAUUUCACCAUCCAAACGCCUAUUUGACAGAAAAA